ACCACGACUUGUCCUUAAGACCUGCUCUUGCCCCCCCCCAGCUUGCAGAAAGUUUUUUAUCGCUUCAUCUCACCUUGAAUCGACUCGAUUACUUGCUUCAUUCUUAACUAGAACUCUCGAAAUACUCGAAAUACAUGAUGUCUAGCGCCACCGCCCGCCUCUCCAACCUGACCUCGCAGCUCUCAGGCAGCACACCACGCGACCGGCUACUCCAGAAGAACCCCGAUGACAUCGUGGUGACCUGCACGCUGCGCACGGCUUUGACCAAGGGCGGCCGUGGCGGGUUCAAGGACACGCAAGCGGCGGACCUGCUCACGGGCGUGUUCAAGGGGAUAAUCCAAAAAUCGGGGAUCGACCCCGCGGUGGUCGAGGACAUCAGCGUGGGCAACGUGCUUGCCCCCGGCGCCGGCGCGACAGAGUUCCGUGCUGCCGCGCUUGUCGCCGGGUUCCCUGUGUCGACUGCCGUGAAGACGACGAAUCGCCAGUGCUCGUCCGGGCUGCAGGCGUGUGUGGAUAUUGCGGGGGCGAUUAUGGCGGGGGUUAUUGACGUGGGCAUCGGCGCCGGCGUCGAGAGCAUGAGCAAUAACUACGGCCCCAACGCGGUGUCGGAGUUCUCUGAGCUGCUGAACGGCGUGCAGCUGGCAAAGGAUUGUAAAGUGCCGAUGGGCGUGCUGUCGGAGAAGAUGGCGAAGGACCGGGGCGUGGCGCGGAAGGACCAGGACGCGUUUGCGGCCGCGAGCUAUCAGAAGGCCGAGGCGGCGCAGAAGGCCGGGCUGUUCAACGACGAGAUCUGGCCGCUCGAGGUCGACUUUGAGGACCCCAAGACCGGCGAGAAGUCCCGCAUCACCGUCGCGAAGGAUGAUGGCGUGCGACCUGGCAUGACCGCUGAGGCGCUCGGAAAGAUCCGCCCCGCGUUCGCGAAGGACGGCUCGAUCCAUGCUGGCAACGCGUCGCAGAUCUCGGACGGCGCCGCCGCCGUGCUCCUGAUGAAGCGCUCCACCGCAGAAAAGCUCGGACAGAAGAUCGUCGGCAAGUUUGUGACGGCGGCUGUCGCCGGUGUCGAGCCCCUGCUCAUGGGUAUCGGCCCCUGGGCCUCCAUCCCAAAGGUCUUCGAGAAGACCGGAAUCAGCAAGGACGACGUCGACAUCUUCGAGAUCAACGAGGCGUUUGCGUCGCAGUGUCUGUGGUGCGCUAACGAGCUCGGCCUCGACCAGAAGAAGAUCAACCCCAAGGGCGGUGCCAUCGCCUUCGGUCACCCGUUGGGGUGCACGGGCGCCCGGCAGGUCAGCACAUUGUUGACGGAGCUGAAGCGCACCGGGGGGAAGAUUGGGCUCACCAGUAUGUGCAUCGGCACGGGAAUGGGAAUGGCGGCGCUGUGGGUUGCCGAGUACUAGGGCGGAGCGGAGAGGUGCUGUUUCGUUGCUUGCUUGUAUGAUAGUUGCGCGUGCUUCUUGCUAGUCGUUUUGUGCAAUAUUGGAACCGGGA